AUGGCCGAGGUGGGCGGCUUCCUGGGCGCCCUGGACCCCGACCUGCACGGCUUCCCCCCCGCGUUGGGCGGCGGGCUGCCCCUCGCCGACUCGCCCGGCUUCCUCAACGAGCGCCUGGGGCAGAUCGAGGGGCGGUUGCAGCGGGGUUCCCCCACCGACUUCGCUCACCUCAAGGGCAUCCUGCGGCGGCGGCAGCUCUACUGCCGCACCGGCUUCCACCUGGAGAUCUUCCCCAACGGCACGGUGCAGGGCACCCGGCAGGACCACAGCCGCUUCGGGAUUUUGGAGUUUAUUAGCCUGGCAGUGGGGCUGGUGAGCAUCCGUGGGGUGGACUCAGGACUCUACCUCGGCAUGAAUGAGAGAGGCGAGCUGUAUGGGUCGAAGAAGCUCACACGGGAGUGCGUUUUCCGAGAGCAGUUUGAAGAGAAUUGGUACAACACGUACGCCUCGACCCUCUACAAGCAUCCCGACUCGGAGAGGCAUUACUACGUGGCUCUGAACAAGGACGGCUCCCCCCGAGAGGGGUACAGGACUAAGAGACAUCAGAAAUUCACUCAUUUUUUACCCAGGCCUGUGGACCCUGCCAAAAUACCUGCGAUGUACAGAGACCUCUUCCACUACAGGUGAUGUUUCCUGCAGCUGCCCCAUCAGUGUACAUACUAGGGCUCCCAAGCUUUUUCCCAGAGCACUAUAUUAAUAGUCAUUCCAUCAUUCCUGUAAGCAUAGAUGACGUAGGAAAGCACUUACAUUGAAUUCAGACACUGCUGUUCCUCCUUGUUUCAAGCGUAUAUCGAACCUGGGUUAUUUAUGGGGGUGGGGGUAGGGAAAGGGAGGGAACCCUACAUAUAAUCUUUCGUUUUCAUUCACUUUCUUUACCCGGUUGCUACAAGAGAGGUCAAAUAUUCAAUGUUAUGGUUGCUUAAAGGAACAAGCAGGCGAGCAAACCUGAUCACCAGGGGGGAAAAAAACCAAAACUAAAAACGAAGACAAGGAAAGAAAACAAAAGACCACGGAACUGCUGCAGAUGCUGCUGCUAAGCUCGGGAUGGUUACGUGCUAAGAAAAAGCCUUUCGAAUGGUACCAUGCUUAAGCAGCCCGGGAGUUUGCUACAUGGAUGAUGCUACAUGGACUGGUCCUGAUGCGUGGGGUUUUUCCUGCUGUUGGGGUG